AUGGAGGCGGCGGACGAGCAGUCCCGCCUGCGCGCCCUCUUCYUGGCCUGCGACGCGAGCGGCUCGGGCCGCAUCGAGCGCGAGGAGUUCGCGGCGCUGUGCGCCGAGCUGCGCGUGCGGCCGGCCGAGGCCGAGGCCAUCUUCCAGCGCCUCGACAGCGACCGCGACGGCGCCAUCACCUUCGCCGAGUUCGCCCGCGGCUUCCGCGGCGCCACGCGCCGCCGCCGGCCCCAGGACGAGCAGGAGGAGGCGGCGGCCGCGGCCGAGGAGGCGCCGUGGGCCGGCGGGGCGCUCGAGCAGCCCUGGAGGGACUUCGAGGUGCGGCUCGGCGACGAGGCGCGCUACAUCCCCAGAAAGGAAAGCCUCUUUCCUGACGGCUCGCGGAAGCAAUUCAUAAUUUCGUCUAAAGUCGGUGAGAGGAGUGAACAAAUAAGACUCGGGAGCGGCGAUGACUUGUGCAGGCAUCUGCGUCCUUUGGCAGCCAGCCUAUCUCGCGUGCUGGCUGCUAGGUGUGCAGCAGCCGUUCGAAUAUCGACCAGUUGUUUGUCUGAGAGAGAAUGGGAAUGCCGCUCUUUGGCUCGAGUGUACAGACGUUUAAUUACGUUGCUCUGUGAUUCCUGUGCCUCCAGUCRCAGGCCCACAGGACUAGAUGUUGAUCAUUAA